CAUGAAUGGAAAAGGUCAACUGAAUAAUUGUGAAUUGUCAGUCAGCUGAUUGUCUUGUGAUAAAUUUCCCUAAAUUCUGAUAAAAUUUCCAGGCAUCUAUUUGAGUUUGGCGUGUGAGGUGACUGAAGGAACAUACAAUCAGCCAUUAUGUCGAAAUUAGCAAAAGUAGGUGACGAAGAACGCGAGAGUGAAUAUGGAUACGUUCACAUGGUUUCUGGACCAGUCGUUACGGCUGAAAAAAUGGGAGGCUCUGCUAUGUACGAAUUGGUAAGGGUGGGAUACCAUGAAUUAGUAGGAGAAAUUAUCCGAUUGGAAGGUGAUAUGGCAACUAUUCAGGUAUAUGAAGAAACAUCGGGGGUAACUGUAGGUGACCCUGUGCUAAGAACAGGAAAACCAUUGUCAGUUGAGUUGGGCCCAGGCAUCAUGGGUUCUAUUUUUGAUGGUAUUCAGCGUCCAUUAAAAGAUAUUAACGAAAUGACUCAAAGUAUCUAUAUUCCCAAGGGUGUAAAUGUACCUGCUCUUUCAAGAACAGCCCAAUGGGAGUUUCAGCCAGUGAGCAUAAAGUUGGGAGCACAUUUAACUGGCGGUGAUAUUUAUGGUUUGGUUCAUGAAAACACACUGGUGAAACACAAAAUCAUUCUACCCCCGAGGGCUAAGGGUACUGUAACUUUUGUUGCUGAACCCGGCAAUUACACAAUUGAUGAUGUCGUUUUGGAAACCGAAUUCGAUGGAGAGCGCACAAAGUAUACAAUGUUGCAAGUCUGGCCUGUACGUCAACCUCGGCCGGUGAGCGAAAAGCUGCCUGCCAAUCAUCCACUACUCACCGGCCAGCGCGUUCUCGAUUCACUUUUCCCUUGUGUUCAGGGUGGUACAACUGCUAUUCCCGGAGCUUUCGGUUGUGGCAAAACUGUAAUUUCUCAAGCACUUUCCAAGUAUUCAAACUCUGAUGUAAUUGUUUAUGUAGGAUGUGGGGAAAGAGGAAAUGAAAUGUCUGAAGUACUUCGUGAUUUCCCGGAGUUAACUGUGGAAAUUGAGGGGUUAACUGAAUCUAUUAUGAAACGUACCGCCUUGGUAGCGAAUACUUCCAACAUGCCUGUAGCUGCUCGCGAAGCUUCCAUCUACACUGGAAUUACCCUGUCCGAGUACUUCAGAGACAUGGGCUACAAUGUGUCAAUGAUGGCUGAUUCAACUUCGCGUUGGGCCGAGGCCUUGAGAGAAAUCUCAGGUCGUCUGGCUGAAAUGCCAGCCGAUUCAGGUUAUCCCGCCUACUUGGGCGCUCGUUUGGCCUCCUUCUACGAGCGAGCUGGUCGCGUCAAGUGUUUGGGUAACCCUGACCGUGAGGGAUCAGUUUCCAUUGUAGGUGCCGUAUCGCCACCUGGUGGCGAUUUCUCAGAUCCUGUCACCUCUGCUACUUUGGGUAUUGUGCAGGUGUUUUGGGGUUUGGAUAAAAAACUGGCGCAGCGUAAGCACUUUCCGUCUGUCAAUUGGCUGAUCUCCUAUUCGAAGUACAUGAGAGCGCUUGACGACUUCUAUGAUAAGAACUUUCCCGAAUUCGUCCCGCUCAGAACCAAAGCCAAAGAAAUUUUGCAAGAAGAAGAAGAUUUGUCAGAAAUAGUGCAGUUGGUGGGUAAAGCGUCGCUGGCCGAAGCUGAUAAAAUCACCCUGGAAGUUGCGAAACUGCUAAAAGAAGAUUUCCUACAGCAAAAUUCCUAUUCAUCUUACGAUAGAUUCUGUCCCUUCUACAAAACCGUGGGAAUGCUUAAGAACAUGAUCGGUCUGUACGAUAUGGCGAGGCACGCCGUCGAAAGCACGUCGCAGUCUGAAAACAAGAUCACCUGGUCGGUGAUCAGAGAUUCCAUGAGCAAUAUCCUUUACCAGUUGAGCAGUAUGAAAUUCAAAGAUCCCGUCAAGGAUGGUGAGGCGAAAAUCAAGGCAGACUUUGAUCAAUUGUACGAAGAUAUCCAGCAAGCGUUCAGAAACUUGGAGGAUUAAACUGGGUAAAUGCAUAAAGCUGUUUUUAGACGAUGGCCUUUUAUAAAAAAAUAUAUCCUCACCGAUUCAGAUUCUUUAUCAAUUGUUGAGUGUAAUAAGAGCUAGGUCGAUAUUACUGUACAAUAAUUAGUUGUUAAUAGUGAAACAGUCUCUGUGUGAUUAUGGUUUGUAGUCGCAUUUGGUUAGGGACUUAACAAUAAACGAAGACUUAGUCCACAUAGAUUUUGUUAUAUUUGUAAAUGUUGUAGUAAGGUGAGGGUAAAUGUACUACUAUUCCCUUCAUUCCAAUUACUUUUAAGUACACACUAUUAUGGUUCGUUUCGAUGUUUUAAAAAGGUGCAUUAAUAAGUUUAUUCCAGUAUUAUUACUCAAAAACAUCUCUCGAUGUCCUUUUUAUUUUUCUUUUAUUUCAAACGCUAUUGUAUAAUCAAUUUCGUACUAACUACAUACUAUGUAAAGUCAUUGUACAGUUUCCAAAAUGUAAAACGUGACGCCCACUAACAUAAUCGUAAUUUAGAUCGGUAAGUGUAGUGCAAUUUAUUGUUCCAUUUUGAACGAAAUAAAAAUUUGUUCCAUGUUUA